GAGAGUCCAACUAAAGUCUAUUUCGGUGUAUCAACACCACAAACUUAUUCUUCGCGGUAGUUCUGAACUGAAGCUGUCGCUUCAAUUUGAUUCCGAGGGUUUUCUUCUUCUUCUUUGUUGUGUUGGUUUCAUUCUCGUGUUCAAUUCGAUGGUUAUGGAUACGAAUCGCUCAUCUGGUGCUUCUUCAUUUCUCUCCGAUCUUCCCUCUCGAGGCCUCUUCUCUUCCACCGUUGUGUCUUCCAAUCCGGGUGGGAUGCGGGUGUAUGUGUGCGAUCAUGAAACAAUGCCACCAGAGGGCCAGCAUAUUAAGACAAACCAACAAAACAUACUUAUUAGAGCACUCACCCUAGGCCUCAAGAAACAAAAAUGUGAUUCCAGCUCAAAGGAUGGAACCGAGGGAUCUAGAAAGAGGGCUAGUGACAAGGGUUUGGAUGGCAGAGCUUCAGCUAAGAGAGCAAAUAAUCAAAUAAACUCUUUACAAGAGGGAUCAACCAGUCAAACAUUCAAUAAGGAUUUCCACAGGUUGACUGUAGAGAGGCUUCGUAAUCUUUUGAAAUCUAAAGGUCUUUCAACCAAAGGAAAGAAGGCAAGUAUUUCUGCAGUUUUUUAAAAACGGGUACAUAAGUUGCACUGAGAUGGCACCUGCAUGCAUGCGAGGAGCUUAUUGCACGUCUUAAAGAUGCAACUGAUUCGUGAACAAGAAGGGAGAAUAGUAGGAAAACUCCUCUCGUUAAACAUCCAAUGUGAGUAGUUAGUGUUUUUUCAAGGUAACUAAGAUGUAGAACUAAUAUAUAUUGACCUCUACAGACCUAGUGCAAGCUGCAAUAACAUUUGAAUAUUGUUGUUUUGGUGCUUUCUGUUUCAUGUGAAAGCACAUCCUGUAUGUUUUUCUGAGUAAGUAGUUGCAUUGUAUGUACUGGAUGCUUUAGCUCGGCCUGAAGUUAAAAAUUAAUUAUGCCAAUCAUAGUUGUUAGUAUUGCCCGAAUUGAAUCAAUUCCUCAUCCUAACUAUUCACAGUUAAGACAAAAAUGGGAAAUGGCUAUGAAUACAAACGAAUUGCUGGAAUUGGUUUGAUCCAGUAUCAAUCAUACAAUCAUAUAAACCAUCUAUUCGACUGAUACAAAAGCCAUUCGGUAUCAGUGAUACAAUUUAUUCGAAAGUAAAACGGCUUUUUUGGCCAUCUUUCUUCUGGUGGAGCCGUGGAGGGAUAAUUGCGGCCUUUCAUUGUGGUUGAUGGUGGGUGGUGAAGACUGCUAUUAUUCUGUGCCUCAGCCUCUGCUCUCUCUUCUCUUUUUGCCGUCGGAAUUGGAAUGACUGAGAAAUGAAGAAAUGAAGAAGACAAACAGAGGCUACUUGUCCUUACAUGUGUCUUUCCAGCAGCUCUGCAAGCCUGCAACCGUAUUGGAAUUUAGUUGCUUACAUGUUUGUUUUUUGGUUAAAAAAAGCGGCAUAAACCCAUAAAAAAGAUAACAUAAUUACAAACUGAGCGGGAUAAUGUAAUCCCUGUGAUAUUUACUCAGAUUUC